UUAAAAAGCGCCUUCGAAUGUGUUACACUGUUUCUCUCUCUCUGCCUUCAAGCCCUCAAAUCUCUCACAACUUAUUUGAAUCUGAGAAACCCUAGAGUCUCAAAGAAACCGAUCCCUCAAAUCUCUCACUCUCUCUCUCUCUCUCUAAGCCCUUCAGUUCCUUCAACUUGAUUCAACCUUCUUCAGCUCGGUGAUUCAUCAUUCGAUCGAUCCAAUCUCAGAAUGAUUUUGAUUUCAAAGCUCCACCGCCACCGCCAUCACCAUCUGCAUCUGCAUCUGCAUCGCCUACUAACGAUAUGCAUGAUUUCGAUUUUGAUUUCGAUUUCAAUCGAAUCUCAGUUUCGUCGAUUCUUCUCUCUCUCGAUCUCUGUCUCUGUCUCCCUCUCUCUCUCGAUCUCUCUGGAUCUCUGUCUCUCUCGCACAAUCUCAUUCUCUACGUACACAUUAUCUGUACUUUUUUUUGAAUAAUUUUUUUCCCCUAAAAAUCUCUCUAUACAAGUAUAUAUAUGAAUUUAUAUAUGUAUCUCUAUGUAUUGAUUGAAUAAUCAUCCUUAUUUUGUUUUCAGGCUCACGAAUGAUCCAAUCGUGAUCGGCAGUGACGGAAAAAAUUAUGAAGGUUUUUGGCAGAGUUCAUCCUGAUUUUUGGCUGUUGAUACUGACUUUGAACUUUCACUCUCAUGGCUCCCACUCAUUUUAGUUGCUCAUUUCUUGCCUGAAUAUAUUAGGACUAUUUGCUCUAUUUUACUUGACAUAAAUAGCUUCCUAAGUUACUUAUAAAGAAAAUCUUGUUAAAGGUGGUUUAAAGUCUCUGCAAGCUUGUCAGCAACUUGGGAUCGAACCAUGGUCAUGCACUUACUGCACCGAUUAAGAAAAUCUAACAUGCCAUCUCAUCUUGCUAUGCUCUAUUAAGUGAUGGUUUUUAUGGUUAACUACUCAGUUUAUAAUUCCACAAAUGAAGAGCAUUUAAGUGCUAUGCACACAAUUGCGCAUACUUAUCAUUAAUUAGCAUGUAGACAUUUAUACUUUAGCUGGUUUUGCUACAUGCUGAACUUUUGCUGUGGUGUUUAUCUGGGACAUUGUCAGAUUACUAGAGUACAGACUAAUAUUUUCGUUUUUCUUGCGCUACGUAGAUGGAGCUUAUUGCCAAAAUGAGGAAUCCGUUUAUUGUGGAGUAUAAAGAUUCUUGGGUAGAGAAGGUCUGCUAUGUAUGCAUCAUUAUUGGUUAUUGUGAAGGAGGAGACAUGGCAGAAGCUAUAAAGAAAGCAAAUGAUGCAGAGCAGGGUACUUAUGUGCCUCCAGCAUUGGAGGAAGAUGGCAAUAUGCUGAAUAUGUCCAAAAGCUUGAAUUCCAUUGAAGAACCUCGUGUUUGCAAGACUGCAGGCAUAUGUAGCUAUGUAUUUCAAAUCAUUUACCAGGUAAGCAUUCUCUAACAAUAUUGGUUUUUCCUUAAUUACGUACAAAUUUUAA